AGUUUUGAAAUCCCGUCUUCAAUUUUUUUAAUGGAAAAAGAGAAUGACAAAUUCCUUUUCCUUCACUUUUCUUUUUUUUUUUUUAUUUUUCUUUUACCCCACAAAUAAAGUAAUUACAUUGAACCAUGGAAUUUAUGAGUGCUCUUGGUUCACAAGAGGAUGCUUAUCGUCCUUCCUUGUUUGAACUUGUCGCUCAAGAAAAACUUAGAGAUCUCUUACAACCAGCUGUUCAGUAUGUCACUGCUGUAUAUGCUCAAAGGUAUCCACGUUUAUUGAUUCGACUUGUCAAUAAUCAUGAAGAAUUUUAUGCCAUUUUAAUGUUUUUGAUUGAACGACAUUAUUUGAAGGAAUGGGGUGCUUCGUUUGCUGAAAACUUUUAUGGAUUGAAAAGACUGUCAACUGGUUACCUGGAAAGUAAACGAUCACAACUUACCUUACCAGUGAACAAUGGCCAAUCACCAGCUCUAACGAGAAAGGAAAUCAACAAAUCUUUACUUGUUCUUGUUGGAUUACCUUAUAUCAAAUGUCGAAUGGAUUUAUUCUAUCAACAAAUUUCUGGUGAUGUUUUGGGUAUCAAUGAACAAGAAGAAAAAGAAAAUGAUGAACUGGCUGAUCCAACUACUCCUACUCGACGCAAAUUCAAGAUUCGUCUGAUCAAACUAUUUCGAACAAUAUAUCCCUACAUCAAUGCUAUUUACUAUGGCUCUGGUUUGAUCUACAAUAUUCUAUACAUGUUCAACAAGACAAACUAUCAUUCUCCCUGGUUACAUUUAAUUGGUCUUCAAAUCAAACGAAUGAGUAUGGCGGAUUAUCGCGCUUAUUAUGACAAAGUGGAUGCAUCUCAAUUAAAUUCAUCGACAAGCUCUUUAUUAAAGAAUCCAUUACGACUCUUCUCUGGUAUCUUUAGUAAAUUUAUUGAAUUCCUCAAAGUACUCCUACCUAUGUCUAUUUUCUUCUUCAAGUUUUUGGAAUGGUGGUAUUCUUCAGAAUUUGCACGUGGUACUGGAAAAUAUGGUGAAGAAGAUACUGAAAACAAUAUUACUCCACCAGAAAAAACCAAGCCUGAUCCUAGAGGAAUCAAAUUACCUUCUACACCUAAUACUUGUCCACUUUGUUCAAGCAAUCCUAUCAACAAUCCAACUGCUCUACCUUCUGGUUAUGUUUUUUGUUAUACUUGCGCUUAUCGUUAUGUGGAAGAUCAUAAUAGGUGCCCCGUAUCUUGGAUCAAGAUUGAUCGUGGUGUGGAAGAUCUAACCAAGGUGUAUGCUGAUGGGAAUUUGUAGAUUAGCUGUAGAUUAUUUAGUUUGUAGAUCAAUCAAUACCAUUUUUAAUAAAAUCAUGUUACAUAAUAGUAUCCCUUUAUGUUCUAUAUUCAAUAAGGUUGAAAAAUCUUGCCAAAACAG